AUGGCUGAGAACAGCAUGAAAGUACAAGACGUUAUCCAUCUCGACAAGAUUGAUGAUGAUAUCGAACACGCUUUUGUCGGUGACAGGAUCGCCGAGGAAAAGAAGCUUCUAAAGAAGAUCGAUAUGAGGAUGAUGCCAAUGAUGAUGCUUAUCUACGUACUGAACUACCUUGAUCGCAACAAUAUCGCGGUCGCUCGUCUCGGCUCCUUCGAGACGGAUCUUGGUCUCCAUGGAACUCAAUACAACACCAUCAUCUCCAUCUUCUUUGUUGGGUAUAUUCUCACGCAGGUGCCGACCAACAUGGUCUUGGACAAAGUCAAGCCAUCCAUCUUCCUCCCUUUAAUCAUGUGCUGUUGGGGUGUGGUCAGCGCCUGUUCCGCAGCGGUCCAGAACUACCAAGGGAUGAUUCUCCUAAGAUUUUGCUUGGGUUUUGUUGAAGCACCUUUUUCCGUAGCUGGGUCACUCUUCUUAUUCUCCUCGUGGUACACAAAGAAAGAGCUUGCAAAACGUAUAUCUAUCCUUUACGCAGCCGGUCAGAUGGCAGGCGCAUUUGGGGGACUUUUGGGAAGCGCCAUCAUGGGUGAGAUGGAUGGUAAAGCAGGACUACCUGCCUGGCGAUGGCUCUUCAUCAUCGAAGGAACUGCCACAAUCCCAAUCGCUUUCGCUGCCGCAUUCAUACUGCCGGACUAUCCAGAUACCACAAAAUGGCUGACUGAGCAAGAGAGACGCCUCGCGAUUCUUCGAAUCGCGGAAGAUGCAAAUGAACAAGAUGUCCACAAAUCCAGUUCUCGCGAAGGCUUGAAGCUGGCGUUCACCGACCCAUCGCUCUACAUCUUGUGGUUCAUGCAAUUGAGCUUGAACACUGCUGCAGCAUUCACCAACUUUUUCCCUACCAUUGUCAAAACACUUGGGUACAACAAGACACAAACCCUGCUAUUGUCAGCUCCCCCAUAUGUUUUCGCGGCCAUUCUGGGCAUCACAAACUCGUGGCACUCCGACAAGACCCGGGAGCGGUGGCUCCAUGUUGUCUGGCCUCAAAUUUUCUGCAGCGUAGGAUUCAUCAUCUCUGCAGUGACACUCAAUGUGGCAGCCCGAUACACCGCAACAUUCAUGAUGAUGUCCGUCUACGGCAGCUUCGGAUGCAUCCUUUCUUGGGUCUCAUCGACUUUGCCUCGUCCGUCCUCCAAACGUGCGGUCGCAUAUGCUGUUGUCAAUGCUGGUUCAAACUUGGCAUCGAUAUAUGCCUCAUACAUCUAUCCAGCGUCUCAAGGACCACGUUACUGGCAGGCCAACGUUGUCAAUGUCGCAUUCUCAGCCGCUUGCAUUGCACUUGCCACCCUCCUCCGCAUCUAUCUCGGCUGGAGAAACAGAAAACUCGAGCAUGCUAGCGAUGAAGAUGACAGAAUUGAUGGUACAGCUGUGGGAACGCGAGUGACUGCUUUGGCACAUCGUUGGCAAUGUCAUCCCGAUUACAGAUACACGCUGUGA